UGUCUGUUUAUGCCGCACAUUUGUGAUUGUUUAGCAUUUCCCGGCAGAUCGAAUGUCAACAAACGGGCUAAUAGUCGUGAAUGUUGACAUUUGUGUGCGGGAAGAAUCGUAUGUGUGCUGUUCUGGUUGGGCUGCUUGCGUAACCCGUCGCACAGGAAGGAUUUGGUGUUUUUUGAGCAGCACGAAAAAAAAAGUGAAAAGUCUGAUAACCGGCAGUAACCAUACCAAUAAAGGAUAGGAGGAAACAAAACACGAGCGAAGCGAAGAAGCGGAAACCUAAGUGGUGUGUGGCCACGAGUCCAGAUGAUGAUUGUGAAUACAACAGAAACAAUACACCGAACGACACUAAAAACAAUGCAGUGGAAGUGAUGUCACCGAAUAAAUCCACCGACGACUAGAGUCUCGAGAAUCUCAACCUCAAUUAACUUCGCCUUACGCUGCUAGGGCAUCUUCUCCCUCCGAUGAAUCUACGUCGGCUUAAGAGGAUUAGGCAGAAGCGAAGGAAACAAUAGCACCCCGAACGUGUCCUGCUAGCACAAAACAGCUACAAUCUGACCGAGGCGACCGUUUCGUGAAACUCCUCGACCCACAAAUACUACAAUCUCUCAAUCUCAAGUACCAAACCAUAAUAAAAACACAGCCCCAGGCAUGCUGCAAACACUAUUACGACACACUUCCAGCAGGAAACUGCUCGCCCUGCUGCUCAUCGAACUUGCCACCCUGGCUGUGGGCUCGGUAUCCUCCACGGCCUCCCAGAGGUACAAUCCGAACGCGGUACGGAUUAACAAGUGCUGCGAGCGGUUUGAGGUUAUGCUGGACGGCAAGUGCACCAUGGCGGAGACCAUCAACGCGACUGUUUGGGUGCCCCAGUUCACUGGCCGUAACGGCGAACAGGAUGUCCAAGUAGAAGCCAUCCGGUACAUCAUCGGCGCCCCCGACUGUGGCUCGAUGCAGAAGUGGCCCAUCUUUCACUACGAUAAGAGUGAGGAUAAGUUAAUUCUGUUUCCGGACGGACAGCUCCGCCACCUGAUACUGGACCCGCACGCCCGGGACGAACCGGAGGAGGAAUGGGAUCAGCUGUACGGCGCCAGCAUUCGGACGGAGGCACCCUUCCAGUACGAUUAUCAGCAGGGUCAGUACUGUCUGGACAAGGCGCUGAACAGCAACGAACGCCAGCCGGAGGGAAUGUACGCGACCGUGUGUUCGCCGGAGAAGGCGAUCCGCUGGACCGACAGUGAUUUCAUGCUGCGCAAGAUUAUCAACCCCAUCAGCCACGGCAUCGCGAUGAUCAUCCUGCUGGUGGUGGCGAUUGUGUACUUUGUGCUGCCCACGCUAAGGGAUCUCGUGGGAAACAUAGUCACCUCGAUCACGGUGUGCCUUAUCGUCAGCCAGGCGGCGGAUCUCGUCCGUAUAUUCACCGAGUUUAGCAACCACGUCAGCUUCAUCAUCGCCGAUUCGUUCUUUUACAUCAGCCUGUUGGGGGCCUUUUUCUGGCUGAACAGCAUGGGCUACUAUAUCUGGAGGACGUUCCGGGCCCGAAACGUGUUUCUGCGGGUUACUGAUGGCCGCAAGUACUGCUGGUACUCGGUGUAUGCUUGGGGCGCAACGGCAACAAUGGCAGCCAUCGCCAUAUUUUCCCAUUUCUUUCUCGACAGCCCGGGAGACGGCAGCAAAAAGAACUCCAGUAUUUUCGAGAACCAGGAGACCAUCGGGUGGCUUGGAAUAGCGGUAUUUUUCACACCGAUUGCGUUCAUUAUCAUCGUGAACAUUUUCUUCUACGUUACGACGCAGCGGUUUCUCAACAGGAUGAGCACUUACGGGAGGAUACACCAUAAAUUGAAGUGCAAUUUUAUCAUGUUCGCACUGAUUUUCCUGAUUAUGGGCACCUCGUGGCUGUUCUUGAUUCUUUCCUGGCUGCAUUACGAUGCACUCCUGUACACCCACAUCGUGGUGAACGCCCUCCAGGCGCCGUGCAUCCUGUGGGUGUGCGUCCUCCGGCAGAAACAUAUCACAUUUCUGUUGAAAAAAUCCUGCUGCUACAAUGAGCCUACCCAGACGACGGAUUGGGGAGAUGAGAUGACCUACAUGAAUGGGGGCGAUUACUGACCCUGGCGUCCUGUCGUCGUAGUAAACAGGAGGACAAACACUGCGAACAGGGGCAUUUAGAAACGGAAUCUCGAACCGGCAGCGAAGGAAAUGACAUUCCUGCAACGAAACGAAAGCGUCACUCGCAAGAACGCAAACAAUAAUAUUCGUUCAGAUUCAGUUAGUGCAUAAGUGGAUAAUAAGUUAUUAACAAUUAGCUUGUAAGUGCCUUGACCCUUUCGCCGAAGAGAUUUGUUGCGAGGCAGAUUUAGCGGCUUUGUGUUAUUAGAUAUGUACUAGGCGAAGGAGCUGUUGGAACACAUUUAAAAUGAUUAACAAUGACAAAGACUCAAUAAAUUUAACACUAGAAGG